CUUCAUUUCUUGUGAGUAAAUAUUACCCGAUCAGUAAUUUUUGAACGAAAGAGAAACUGAAGAAAAAAAUGAUCGAAUCGUAACAAAUAUUUGCAGUGGUGGAACAAUUAUCUAGAAGAGAAAAAUUGUGACAUAAUCGUAUAUACAGGGAAAAUUUUUUUUCAGGAAAAUAGAAAAACAAUCAAAUAUGACUAAUGCCGAAUCGAAUAUAGAAGCUAACCAGGAAAAUAAUAGCAAGAUUCAUUUACAAUUAAUAUCAAGUUUUAUAGUUAGUCUAGCAUUAUUCUCCGCCGGAAUUUCCGCCGGUUGGCCAACGAUCGCUGUUCCAAAGUUGGAAAAUGAAAGCACAUCUUCCAAUUUUCAUAUAAGUCAAAAUGAUGGAAUUUUGAUAAUUAACGCGAUACCGGUAGGCGCCAUUGUUGGAUCAAUUUUAUCCGGUUUAUUACUGAACGUUAUCGGCAGAAAAUGGUUCCUCUACGCGACCAGCGUACCAUUCAUAAUCUGUUGGUUGCUCACCUGUUUCGCGAAUUCUUGGAUUGAAAUUUUAGCAGCGAGACUGAUAUCUGGUAUAUCGGUCGGUGCCUUGUAUUCCAUGGCCCCAUUGUAUAUAGGAGAAUUGGUAGAGCCAAGAAUCAGAGGAGCGAGUAACACUAUGUUAUCAUUCAUGUUUAAUCUUGGAUGCAUCUUCAUAUUCGGUCUUCAACCAGUUUUAAAGAGAGAGAUUCUGUCAUUUAUCAAUUUAAUACCGAUAGCCGUAUUUCUCUUAACUAUGCCAUGGUUACCAGAAUCGCCUUAUUAUUAUUACAAGAAAAACGACAAUAAAUCCGCAGCGCUAACUUUGGUAUGGCUAAGACGCAGGGAGGACAAUAAGGAAGAGUUAAAUAAGAUAAAAAAUAUGAUAGAAAUGGAAAAUGUAAACGGCUUCAAAAAAACACCAUACGGGAAAGCACUGACACUUCUAUUGCUGCUGAUGGCGGCUCAACAAUUGUCAGGAUUCGCAGCCAUUUUAUUCAACAGCGGCGAUUUGAUUAAAAAAUUCAAUGUACAAUUCGAACAGGAUUAUCUUCUUCUUAUAAUAAGCGCGAUGUUUUUAGUUGCCAACUUAUUAUCCGCGUUUACCGUCGACAAAAUCGGCAGAAAAUCUGUUUUCCUAAUAUCGAUGUACGGCACUGUUGUAUGCCUUCUCGUGAUUGGUGCCUAUUUCUUUGUCGAACAUAUAGGGAUAAAAGUCAGCAGUUAUUCCAUGAUCCCAUUGGUCUUUCUUGCGAUUUACUUUCUUACUUUCUCGUAUGGUUUAACCUCAAUCCCGUAUGUAGUCUCUUCGGAAAUUUUCCCGACAAACAUAAAAAAUUGGGCAACCAUGUUGUCCAACAUUUUUGGAUUCGUAUUGUUCAUAAUCGUGUAUAACGUUUAUCGGCUUCUGAGCGACAAAUAUGGAUACGUAAUAUUUCUUAUCUUUGGCGUUAUCGAAUUUAUAAUCGGUAUCAUCUUGAACAUAGCAUUACCGGAAACGUCGUGCAAAUCUUUUAACGAGAUUCAGGAAAUAUUGAAAGGACACAAGAAGAAAUAAAGGAAAGACAAUAAAUGAUUUGCAUUCUAUUUAUUCAAUUUUCAUCUAUGGUUCUCUUUAAAUCUCUGUUUCAAAUUGUUGAAUUGCCUAGAGAAGAACUUUCGAGAAGAUAAGUAUUUCGAAUGUAUUCGUGUAUGUGAAUUUGAUCAAAAACGAAUUUCAUGAAAUGUUAAUACAAAACAAAAAUAAAAAUGGAAGAUAGAAAAAA